AUGGCUGCAGUGGCUUCUGCACAAGACGAGGAGGAGACCUUUCUGGCAGUCUUUCCAGAUUCCUCGAAGCUUGAUGCCUAUGGUAUGGCUUUAGACGACAUUGGGGUCUUCGAGGCGGCUGGCUUCCAGCGAGAUCAAGUUGGCAUGCUGGCCACGUAUGGUUUCGUUGACUUUCCAGGUGUGCGCACCUUGCUGCGAGGCAUAGCCGAACGCUUGCGUCCAGGUUGUGUCGACCUUCGUCAGGCUUUGGCCGGGAUGCGCUUCCUGGAUCUGGGUUCCGGUGAUGGCCGUGCAGUCAUCGGUGCCGCCAUUUUGGCGCCGACGUUGGUAGAGUCUUCCGGCGUCGAACUCUCUUUAUCCCGGCACGAGCUGGCUAUCCGAAACAGGUGCCGACUCCCUCAAGGGAUCCAAAACAUUGUGCAGUUUCAGCAGAUCGACAUUCUGCAGGUGGAGCCGACACGUCUGGGUGCCACUGAAAUUGUGUGGCUGGCCAAUCUGCGUUUUCCAGAUGAGACAGUGGAGGCUAUCAACAACUACUUGGAGGAGCACUGUGCAAAAGAGGUAGAUGCAGUCGUUGCAACCCUUCGCAAAUGUGCUUUUCGUCGCGAGCAUGAAAGCUGGACGAUGGAGGUCUCCAUGAGUUGGAACCCGGAAGGGUGGCCAGUCUACUGCUACUACCUGCCGUGCACAACAGGAAAAACGCAUCUCUGCUGUGUGGACAUGGAAUCGCUUGCUUUCCUGACUCCAGUCCUGGCAGGAGCCGGUCCAGCAGCUUCAUCUGCUGUGCCAGUGCGCAGGACGCAGGGACAGCUACGGAGGCCCGUGCAGAGCUCCUUCACUGCAGCGCUGGGCGUGCCCCUGGUCAUCCUCGCAGUCAGGCAAAGAUCCGGCAAGCGGGUCGCAAGACGGGCGACCGUCUUCAUUGACGGAGAAGCCGGGACGACUGGACUUCAGGUUCGAGAGCGCCUGGAGAAGCAUCCCGAGAUCCAGAUCCUCAGCCUGGAUGCUGACAAACGCAAGGACGAGGAUGCUCGCCGGGACGCCCUUCAGACGGCAGACGCAGCGGUGCUCUGCCUGCCUGACGAUGCGGCAAUAGCUGCAGUUGCAUUAGCAGAGGGCUCGAAGACCGUUAUCGUCGAUGCCAGUACUGCGCACAGAGUAUCGGAUGGUUGGAUGUAUGGUUUUCCGGAGAUGAGCGCCGAGCAGGCCGAGGCGAUCUCCACGUCCACUCGGAUCGCGAACCCUGGCUGCUAUCCGACAGGCUUCAUUGGCUUGAUUCGGCCACUGGUAGAUGCUGGACUUCUCCGAGCCGAGUCUGGCUUGGUGGUACAUGCUGUGAGCGGCUACUCUGGCGGUGGAAAGGGCCUGAUCAAAACCUACGAAGAGGAAGAUCACGAGCCUUGGGGAGCGUACGGCUUUGCCUUGAAUCACAAGCAUCUACCCGAGAUGGCAAAGUGGACAGGCUUGCAGGAGGAACCCAUCUUCUGCCCUGCCGUUGGGGACUUCAAGCAAGGAAUGGUAGUGUCCGUACCCCUGCGCUUCUCUCAGCUCCGCGCAGGAACUACAGCAGCAGACGUUCAUGCAGCCAUGGCUGCACACUACGACGGGAAGCAGUUUGUGUCUGUGAAACCGCUGAAUGACAAGGAGGGUAUUCCCGGCCUGGAUGUCGCCAAAUCGCGGGUUCAAAGCCCGAAGAUCUUGCAUAGCAGCCGAGGUAGAAAAAUUCGUUUGCACGAUGAUCUGCUCCCCGUGGACAUUCGCUCCGACGGAGACAAAGCCAGUGCCUGCGAGAGGGGCAGCACCUGCACGAUGGGGCGCCGCACCAACCUGCGUAGCCAUGAAGACCUGUCAAAUGGCCCCUUGGUGUCAGAACCAUGUGAGCUGAGCAGCUGGGCUUUGGAGUUUCUUGCUUUGUGUGCUGUGAGCCUGAAGGCACUCGCCGGCUCUGCGUUGCUCUUUCCGCGCCGCCUGGUUGAGGGCGACGUCCAUACAAAGGCAGUGAAAAAGUGGUUGGAUUCCAUGAUCAUCGGCAUGAGCUUUUGCCCAUGGGCCGGACCUGCCAGCGAGGCAGAUGGAAUUCGCAUCGCCACGAGCAUGGCAAACUCACCCGCGGCUGCAUUCGAAGAUCUGAAAGCCGAAGCCGCAAGGCUGCAAGGAGCUCGGGAUUCAACGGUGACCACCCUUCUCGUGUGUCCUUGCGUGGAGCCUUGGGAUGACUUCGCGAACUUCAACGACUUUCGAGAGACCGAACUUCUGAAUGGGGAGGCCUUGGUGGAGGAAUUCGGUUGCAAGGUGGUGUGCUUCCACCCCCACUCACGGGCAUCUGACAGCUAUGGCCUGCAAGAGGGUGAUGACAUCGUUAUUCGCACAGGGGAUGGUGAGCAGCUGUGUGGCACAGUUCUGAGCAUCAUGCCCGAGGGAGGGGACGGUGCCAGCAACUUGAAGGUUCAGUUCUACGGCAAAGUUGAUGAAGGCGAUGCUGAAAACGGCGAGUUCGGCAUGCAGCCCUUCUCGGAUGCUGCAGAUCGUGUUGAAACGGUCCCGGAACAAAGCGUGCUUCAGCUGAUUGGACGCGAAGCUCUCCAGGAUGAGGAUGCUUGCCGAAGCAUUUUGGGCCGAGCGCCUCGAAUUGUUCUGCAUCUUCUCCGUGCUGCAGAUCUAGAGGCUGUCGACAACCAGAAGGCCUUUGAGACUCUGGAGCGAAAUGAAGAGGUUGUUGAAGCAAUGGGUGAGGAAGAAUUCGAUCGGCGGGUGCAGGAGUGCGGUUAG